GUCGCAACACCCCCCCGAUGUCCCCAUGCUCGCACCCAGCGGGUCCCCUCCGCCGCCCCCCUCGCCCGGUGCCUCCGGGGGUCCCGCGGGUGCCGCCGUGCCGGGGGGGCCCUUCCUGGCUCCCCGCCACCCCCGGGAUAUUUUGGCCCUCGCCGCGGACAGCAGGUACCGCUGCGUCACCGGGUCAGGGGGCACCCGGCUCCCACGGCCAGGACGGGGCCACGCGUGUCCCUGGGGGUCCCAGCCGGCUCCGUGUCCCCACGCUGGGCAGUGAGGAGGAACGUGGGGGGACAAGGCUGGCUCUCACGGCUCUCUUGGUGACACUGUGACACGAUUGCAGUGCGUACCUGGGGUGCUCUGGGCUCGGCCAUAUCCCUCGGUGACACCAUAUCAUGGCCACAGUGUGUAUCCGGGAUGCUCCGGGCUCGGACACGUCCCUUGGUGGCACUGUGGCGUGUCCGCACCAUGUGUCCACAUACUCUGGGCUCAGCUGUGUCCCUUGGUCACACUGCAGCUCCGUGUCCCUCGGUGACACCGUGGCACGGCCUCUUCAGCUGUCUGGGAUGCUGCAGGCACAGCCCCGUCCCUCAGUGGCACUGCGGUGUGUCCCCACCGUGUGCCCCGCUGCUGCGGGCGCCGUGUCGGGGACACAUGGAGCUCAGCGUGGCACUGCUGCCCGCAUCCCAGCACAGCAUCCUCACCCGACAGGCACAGCUGCCACCUCGGGGACGGGAGGGCAGCGGGUGGCACAGGGCCACGUGCCUGCAGGCCGUGCUCACGUGGGGCUGCAGGAGCCGUCGGGGCGCCGGGGGGGGCCGAACCAGACAGUUGUUUAAUUUCUCAGGCUCGGGCGGGAGGGGGGAUGGAAAGUUUCCCGGGGCCGCGGGGGGAACGGCCGCGCAUUUCCUGCUCCGCACCGCUCCCAUCCCCGUGGGUCCGGACCCCCAGCGCUGCGCUGCGGUGCCCGGAGUGGGGCCAUGCUGCCGUCCCCGGGGAUGUCGUCGCCGGUGGGGUCCCCGCGGGGGUCUCCCCGUAACUCCCCCGUGCUGUUCAGGAGGCUGAGGAUGAAUCAGAGCAUCCGCCUGCAGCGCCGCUUCACCGUGGCGCAUCCCCUCGGCUUUGACCUGGAGAAUGGCCCCCCGGGAAGGGGUCCGCUGGAGCCUCAGUGCAGCCCGGGCGCGGGGCUGGUGCUGCAGGGCGCCUUCAGCCACAGCCAGCGCCGCGAGUCCUUCCUGUACCGCUCCGACAGCGACUACGACCUGUCCCCCAAGGCCAUGUCCCGCAACUCCUCCAUCGCCAGCGACCUGCACGGGGAAGACAUGAUCGUCACACCCUUCGCCCAGGUCCUGGCCAGCCUGCGCACCGUGCGCACCAACGUGACGGUGCUGCUGCACCUCCAGGAGCGCGUGGGCACCAAGCGUGCGUCGAGCAGCAGCCUCCCCUCUGCCAGCAGGGCCGGGCUGUCCGCAGAGGAUGCUCAGCAGAAGCUGUCGCUGGAGACCCUGGAGGAGCUGGACUGGUGCCUGGAGCAGCUGGAGACGCUGCAGACGCGGCACUCGGUGGGCGAGAUGGCCUCCAACAAGUUUAAGCGGAUGCUGAGCCGGGAGCUCUCACACCUCUCGGAGAGCGGCCGCUCGGGGAACCAGGUGUCCGAGUACAUCUCCAGCACCUUCCUGGACAAACAGCACGAGGUGGAGCUCCCAGCGCUGCCCAAGGAGAAGGAGAGGGAGCGCAGGAAGCGGCCGAUGUCGCAGAUCAGCGGUGUGAGGAAGGCGGCGCACGGCCCCCGCCUCGCCGCCAUCCCGCGCUUCGGGGUGCGCACGGAGCAGGAGGGGCUGCUGGCCAAGGAGCUGCAGGACACCAACAAGUGGGGUCUCAACAUCUUCAAAGUGGCCGAGUACUCCGGAAACCGCCCGCUGACCGUCCUCAUGUACAGCAUCUUCCAGGAGCGUGACCUGAUGAAGACGUUCCGCAUCCCCGCCGACACCUUCCUCACCUACAUGCUGACGCUGGAGGAUCACUACCGCGCCGAUGUGGCGUACCACAACAACAUCCACGCCGCCGACGUGGCGCAGUCCACCCACGUGCUGCUCUCCACGCCGGCGCUGGAGGCCGUCUUCACCGACCUGGAGAUCAUGGCCGCCAUCUUCGCCAGCGCCAUCCACGACGUCGACCACCCCGGGGUCUCCAAUCAGUUCCUCAUCAACACCAACUCAGAGCUGGCGCUGAUGUACAACGACGCCUCGGUGCUGGAGAACCACCACCUGGCCGUGGGCUUCAAGCUGCUGCAGGAGGAGAACUGCGACAUCUUCCAGAACCUGAGCAAGAAGCAGAGGCAGUCGCUCCGCAAGAUGGCCAUCGAUAUGGUGCUGGCCACCGACAUGUCCAAGCACAUGAACCUGCUGGCGGACCUGAAGACCAUGGUGGAGACCAAGAAGGUGACCAGCCUGGGGGUGCUGCUGCUGGACAACUACUCGGACCGGAUCCAGGUCCUGCAGAACAUGGUGCACUGCGCCGACCUCAGCAACCCCACCAAACCGCUGGAGCUGUACCGGCAGUGGACCGACCGCAUCAUGGCCGAGUUCUUCCACCAGGGCGACCGGGAGCGCGAGAAGGGGAUGGAGAUCAGCCCCAUGUGUGACAAGCACACCGCCUCCGUGGAGAAGUCCCAGGUGGGAUUCAUCGACUUCAUCGCCCACCCGCUGUGGGAGACCUGGGCCGACCUGGUGCACCCCGACGCCCAGGAGAUCCUGGACACGCUGGAGGACAACCGGGAGUGGUACCAGAGCAUGAUCCCGCGCAGCCCCUCCCCACCCCCCGAGGUGGGCCCCGAAGUGCCCCCCACUGCCCCCGGCAAGUCCCAGGUUGGGAUGACGCUGGACGAGGAGGAGGGAGAGUCGGACACGGAGCCAGAGGGGCCCGAGAGCCCUUUGGAGGAGGACAACAGCGGCUCCAAGACGUCGGCUACGGAUGAUUCGGAGUCGGCUGACACCGAGCGAUUGUCACCUGGCUCCAAAGACCGGGAGGUGGACAACCAGAGAGCGCUGGAGGGGACACUGCCAAAGGACAGGGCUGGCGGUGGGUGCACGGCACCGGACCCCGAGAGCGGCAGGGAGCUGUGCCUGGACACGGAGGGCAACGUCACAUUCCUGCCCCUGGGCACGUAGCGGCCUGGCCGGAGGGUCCCAUCGCUGCUGUGGGGAUGUGGGGCUGGCACUGCCCCAGUGAGGGCCAUGGGCACUGCCACUGCUGGGACUGGCGCACAGAGCCGGGCAGGUCCCGAUGGCAACGAGGAUAUUGCUCACCCCCUCCCCUGCUUCCACCCGGCAUCCAGCUGCUGGGAAAGGUCUCUGUUACCACAGACAGGGCUCGAGGACACCGAUCCUGCCCCAUCCCAGCCCCGGGCACGCUGUACCCCACGGCAGAGCAGUCCCCAUUCAGCACAGUGCAGCCAAAAGCGUUUUGGUGUCACAGUGGCACGCAGCAUUGGGGGUCUGAGCACCGCAGCACAACGGCAGCCGUGCGCCCGACUCGGAGCCGUAUUUACUUGGGGACGGGUUCACUUUUUAAAGCCUUUUGUAGCUCACUUCGUCCUACCAGCCUCACCCGGGCACACCACAGCAGGAGCUGCUCUGACUGCGCUCGGUGCCGUUUGGCACCGCGGGCCCCGACGGGCGCCGCAGCCGUGGGGCGGCCCCGCGACGGUUCGGUUUCUUCCUUCACCCUGCAGAUAUUAAACCUCGUUUGUUUCUCCA